AUGGCGAUCAACCAUGAUCACCAAGCUGGCUCAGGGAAGAGUGCCGUGUCUUCAACAAUUACAGAAGCCAAUUGGCACUUACGGCCUUCUGCUGACGAUGUACUCGAUCAAAUAUGGAGCUGGAAUUCGUUAGUCCGGGACCAAAUUCAAGGCUGUGUUCACGACCUCAUCAGCGAAAUCGCACAGCGCCCGUCAUCCACAGGUUCACUGGCUGUCUGUGCCUGGGACGGAGAUUUUACGUACCCUCAGUUAGAUUCCAUAGCUGAUGAGGUCGCCCAUCACCUAAUAUGGGAGUUGAAUAUCGCUCCUAGAUUGUGUAUACCAAUCCUAUUCCACAAGUCAAAAUGGACGUGUGUUGCUAUGCUGGCCGUCAUAAAAGCCGGAUGCAGUGUUGUUGCGCUGGAUCCUGCCCAGCCUGACUCUAGAUUGCUUUCUAUUUUGGAGCAGGUCGAACCAUGUGUGAUGAUCUCAUCAGAAACGAAUUAUGGCAGAGCUUGUACAUUGAGGCGGGAUCUGACGGUUCUUCAAAUUGAUGAGUCCUGGUUGUUAAAACCCUUGAACAAACCUGUCGCCCAAUUGCCAACUGUUACCCCCUCUGAUAUUGUAUAUAUAUCGUUUACAUCAGGAACAACUGGCCAACCAAAAGGAGCCUGCAUCAGCCACGCCAAUGUCCGCAGCACCGUCCAGUACCAAGGUGCCAAACUUGGAUUUAACGCAGAGUCACGCGUAUUUGAUUUUGCUCCUUACUCAUUCGAUGUAGCAUGGAGUAACUUCUUGCACACACUCUGCGCGGGCGGUUGUCUCUGUAUCGCGCGUGAAGAGGAUAUGCUGAACGACACUUCUGUUGCCAUAGCGGCCUUCAAAGCUACACUGAUUAACGUUACACCUACUGUACUACGGACUAUCAAUUCCGAGGAAACGAUUACGCUGGAAACAGUGCUGCUUAGCGGUGAGAUGCCGUACAGAGAGAAUAUUACUAAAUGGUCUGGACAUGUCAGACUGCUGAAUACGUAUGGUCCGACGGAAUGUACGUUCAAAGCGGCCUUUUCGGUGCUUAGCGAUCCAUCUUCGAAAUCGACUACUGCACUAGGAGAUGAGGAUUAUGAUGAGCGUCCAGAUAUUGGCCGUGGAGUUGGGUUUUGCACAUGGAUCGUGGACCCGAACGAUGGUAAUAAAUUGGUAGAUUCAAUUGGCUCCAUUGGAGAGUUAUAUCUUGAAGGACCUCAAGUCGGUCAGGGGUAUAUCUCGGAUCCUGAAAAGACAGAGGCCGUUUUCAUUGAAGAUCCUUCCUGGUUGCUGGCUGGAAGUCAGUCCUUUCCUGGGAGGAAGGGAAGAGUCUAUAAAACGGGGGACUUGGUCAGGUAUAAACCUGACGGAAGGUUAGUCUUUCUCGGCCGCAACGACCCUUCACAGGUCAAGAUUAGGGGACAAAGAGUAGAGGUUGGAGAUGUCGAGCAUCAUGUUCGUUCGUGCUUGGAUGACUCGCUGCCGAUCAUUGUUGAGUCCAUUCGUCCUCGUGGUAGUGAAAGCUCUAGCCUGACAGUGUUUGUGGUCGUUAGGACUGGUGAUGACCACCAAGGAGUAAAGACUUUACUAGAUGGUCUCACAGAAAAAUUACUUCAAGUUCUGCCGGGGUUUAUGCUGCCGAGUCUCUAUUUCCCAAUUGACAAGAUCCCCGUUGCUACAACCGGGAAAGUGGAUAGACGACAACUGCGAGAAAUGGGUAGCGCUCUGACAUGGGAAGAACUUGUGAGGUUGCAAUCCACGAUUCUAUCAGUUAAAGAAUAUGCCGAACCGGUGGAUGAUAUUGAAAGACAGUUGUGCGAGAUAUGGGCAGAUAUUCUAGAUCUAGACCCGGCUCGAAUUAGCACAACUGACAAUUUUCUUCGUUUGGGAGGAGAUUCGAUAGCGGCAAUGCAUGUAGUUGCAUCUGCGAGGAAGAAGAAUUUAUCUCUGACGGUAGCAGACAUCUUUAUGAACCCCGUGCUCAGAGAUCUGGCGCAAUGCGUUCUCCUUCCGAUGGCGUUGCAUGAUAUGAACUCGACCGAUGGGGAAACAAAGGUUUUGCCAUUCUCUUUACUUGGAGGUAGUCAAAGUCGCAAAAGUAUCUGCGAAGAAGCUGCAAGACUAUGCCAGCUGGAGGCUGAGGAUAUCGAGGAUAUUUAUCCCUGCACGCCUCUUCAAGAAGGAAUGCUAUCUAUGUCGGUUAAAAAUGGGAUGGGUUUACGAGAAAAUUAUAUUUCCAGAACAGCCUUUGAAAUGCACCCGAAUAUCGAUAUUGGAAAAUUGCAGAAAGCAUUAUUGAAGGCCGUCAGAUGCAUUCCAAUCUUACGGACACGAGUGAUCAACUUGCCCCAACAUGGUCUUGUGCAGGUUGUAGUGAGAUCAACGGACAGCCAGUCACCACCUGAAUACUCGCAUAUUGCCCAAUUCUUUGAUGAAGCAAAAGAGAUUGGCCUUGGGAAAUCUCUAUAUCGGACAGGGAUCGUGCUCGGAGAUGGUACGGAGCCAAAUCUUCUAGUGCUAGAAAUGCAUCACGCUAUCUUUGAUGGCUGGUGUACGAUGCUAAUCCUGGACAGUAUACAGGAAUCUUACCAUAACACGGAAGAUGAUUCAUUAUCGUCGGCUCUUGCACCUUUUCCGCCAUUUAUAAAACACAUUUUGGAAACAGAUAACGAGGAAACAAAGACUUUCUGGAAAGACCAGCUUGCAGAUUCAGAAGCAAUCGCGUUUCCAGUUUCAAACUACAGCCCAGAAAAGAAACUGGACCUGCAUCAUCCCAUUUCUGGCCUGGUAUGGCCACGAAAUGCAGUCACUCCGCCAUCCAUAAUUCGCUCGGCACUCGCUAUUUUAUUGGCUUCAUACACCAAUUCGGACGAUAUAAAAUAUGGCGAGACGGUGAGCGGAAGACAGGCACCCGUGUCUUGCAUUGAGCGAAUGGCAGGUCCUACAAUCGCAUCUGUUCCAGUUCGUGUCAAGUUUGACUGGGAUCAGACAGUGCAAUGGCUCCAGCAGAAAAUCCAAAACCAAGCUGCUGAAAUCGCGAAGUAUGAACAAUUUGGUCUACAGCGCAUUCGGCGAAUAGACGAGGAAGCCAGCAAGUUCCAACUUGAGCUCGUGAUUCAGCCCUCACAGAAGGGGAAAAGUCAGAGUCGAGGGGGUCUUUUCCAUCAGGCAAAGACUAUCGUAGUUGAUGAUUCUUCAACCCUGAAUCUUGUCGCCAAAGAUGGCAUCGACGACAGCAUGAGCAUCUAUAAUUCAUAUGCAAUGAUGAUCAUCUGUCAAUUGACAGACUCUGGUCUUACGCUGAAGAUCAACUUUGACACUGGUGCAAUUAAGCAGAAACAGGUCCACAGAUUUGCUCACCUGUUUGAGCAUAUAGUUAGACAGUUGUCCUCGCCGAAAAAUGCAGAUACCAAGUUACGUGACCUCUCGAUUGUCAGCAAUACGGAUUUAAACGAGAUCCAGCAAUGGAACGGAAGCCCACCCCAGGUACCAAUAGAUCUAGUGGCUGAUCGUAUUGAUAGGAUGGCUACAACUAACCCAGAAGCCACAUCGAUUUCUUCCUGGGAUUGGCAACUCACGUAUCAUCAGCUUCAGCAUUUGACAACAAGUCUAGCGUGCAAACUGCAGGGAAAGGGUAUUUGCGCAGGUGACAUAGUCAUAUUGAGCUUUCAAAAGUCUUCGUGGAUGAUUCUCAGCAUGUUAUCUGUGCUGAAGCUCGGCGCAAUUGUAUUGCCCAUGUCAGAUUCCGUGUCUAGGGAACGGGCUCAUGAGAUUGUCAAAACAUUACACCCACAGAUGAUGAUCACGUCUCAAACGGCCACAUCAUCCUCAUUCACCGAACUGGUGCCGACUUUCCAAAUACACGACCUAAUCCAAUCGAAUGACGACGACGAAACGAUGCAUGAUUUUAAGCCUCACAAUGUUCAGCUCUCAGACCCAGCUCUCAUCAUAUUCACUUCAGGUUCGACAGGAACCCCAAAGUCCAUUCUGUGGAGUCAUGAAACACUUUCUAGCAAUAUAUGUGCAGCUACGCAAACUUUUGGGAUCACUGCACAUAGCAAAGUGUUCCAAUUCGCUGGUUAUGAGUUUGAUGUUAGCACCGUUGAAAGCUUAUCCGUUUUAUCUGUCGGUGGCAUUUUGUACGUCCCAUCAGAAUCCGACAGAACCAACCGACUUUCCGAAGCCAUGCAUGACUCACAGGCAAAUUGGAUAUGCCUCACGCCGCGCGUUUCAGAGACGCUGAAUCCGCGCGAUAUCCAUUCACUGAAAACUAUAGUCUUUGCAGGCGAAGAACUAAAGAAGGAGACAGCCUUUCGGUGGCUUCCAACCUUGGACUCGGUCUACAACUGGUAUGGACCAGCUGAGGGAUCUGUUGCGACGUCAUAUGUUGUGCAGAAAGAGACAUGGUCGUCCGGAAUUAUAGGAACGAGCACUCCAUACGCCACUACUUGGCUCGUCGAUCCGAAAGAUCACAAAUCACUGGCAUCCAUAGGAGCUGUGGCAGAGCUGUGUAUUGAAGGCCCCGUUCUAUCCUGGUAUACGGGUCUUAAUGGUGCAGAACUCAAUAAGAAGCAUUUCUUUUCACCUGCGGGCUUCGGAGAUGCUGCGCUACCUAGAAGGCAAGGACCAAGGAUUUUGUACAAGACGGGUGACCUCGUGAAAUAUGGCCCCGAUGGAGAAAUAAUAUUCUUAGGACGCAUUCAAGAUUCACAGCGCAAGCUACACGGACAGCGAGUCGAUUUGAGCGAGAUAGAGCGCCACGUCCAUGAUUUCCUUUCCGGGAAGUUAGAUGUUAUGGUGGUUGCAGAAAUAUUCUCCCCGCUCAAUAGCAACAAUGAUGUUUUGGCCUUAUUCUUAAGCCCAACAGACAUUGUGGCUACAAAUAGGACGGGGAAUGACACUUUUGAGGAAUAUAUCAAGACAAGUCUCUCUGUGGACGAUCUUGAAACAAUUUUAUUGAGGACUCUGCCAUUAUAUAUGAUCCCAAAGCUUUAUAUUCCUAUCUCAAACAUUCCAAUAAGCAACACCGGAAAGACGGACAGACGUCGCCUACGCGCAAUUGGAAGCUCGUUUUGUCUUGAGCAGCUGGCGGAGAUGCAACCAUCGCGGCAAGACAUUCGGAAGCCUUCCACGGAUACGGAAAAGCUUCUCCAGCAGCUGUGGGCCGAUAUUAUUGGGAUUGACAUGAAUUCAAUAUCCGCUAAUGACAACUUCCUACGCUUAGGAGGCGAUUCAAUUGCCGUGAUGAGGCUUGUGGCAUCGGCGCGGACUAAAGGAUUGAUAUUGACUGUUACCGACAUCUUUGAAUCUCCUGAACUAGAAAAUCAGGCGCAGAGAGGGAGACGCGAGAAAGAUAUAAUUGCCGAGGAAGAAAUAGCACCUUUCUCGCUCUUAAACCCUAGUCUCAGCGAAGCUGAAUAUCGAGCUCAUGCAGCCAGCGCCUGUUCUAUUGCAGAGUCCAGAAUCGUCAACAUGUAUCCUUGCACUCCUCUUCAGGAGGGUUUACUGGUAUUAGGAGAAAAAAUACAUGGUCAAUAUGUAUCUCGAAGUGUCUUAGAGCUACAGACUGGCAUUGACUGCAACAAACUUGAAAGAGCGUGGCUAAACAUAGUCAAUAGAUUGCCGAUCCUGAGAACACGUAUCAUCGAUACGCCACUAGGUCACCAAGGCCUGCUGCAAGUAGUCCUCGACAGCUUACCACUACGCCUUGGUAGCGAUGUUUCGACGUACUUGGAUGCCGAUGAGAAAGAACAUAUGGGUUUGGGCACUGAUCUUUGUCGAGCUGUCAUAAUCGACCGCAGCUUUGUGCUCACUAUCCACCAUUGUAUAUAUGAUGGGAAUGUACUGAAGAUGAUACUGAAUGAAUUCGAGUCUCAGUAUCUGGCAAAAAACGAGGCAGAAGUGGUCCCAUUUGAAAAUUUCAUUCAGCGGUUGACCAAGAUAAACCUGGAAGAAGCAGCUGCAUUUUGGAAACAGCAGCUCUCGCUAUCAGAAGAAUUGCGGAGCUUUCCAGAGCUUCCAUAUCCAGGCUACAAGCCACAGGCAAAUACUGAGUUGGAGCAUACUGUUCGUUUAGUUUGGCCAAAAAGUGAAAUCACACCAUCAACGAUUGUAAGAUCAUGUUGGGCACUUCUGACUAGUCAAUAUGUUUCCUCAAGCAACGUUGUCUUUGGAGUUACUGUUAGCGGAAGACAGAUUGAUGUGAAAGGAAUCGAGAACUGCAUUGGCCCUACUAUAUCAACCAUUCCAUUACCCGUUUCCAUAGACUGGGAUAAUACAGUGGGAAGUUUCCUUGCUCAAAUGCAGCGCCAGGGAAUAGAAAUGAUGCCCUAUGAGCAGUACGGAGUGCAAAGCAUCCAGCACAUUGUGGAAGGUCCUGAUAGUGCUGGCAGCCUUUUCCAAUCAUUGCUCGUUGUCCAGCCAGUGGCUCAGGGCAAGAGUCUGAAUGAAGAUAAUUUACUGUUUAAAGCUCGCAACUACUCAUCUAGCCUCGAAACUCUAGGCAUUGAUCCUUUUAAUACAUACCCUUUGAUGUUAAUAUGUGAACUGAGUACCUUUGGGCUACAACUACGGUUCAGCUUCGACAACAAUGUUAUUGACAAGCAGCAGAUCGAACGCAUAGCAUACCAACUUGAUAAUAUUAUCCACCAGGUAUGCAUGGAUAACGUCAAGAAUAUCAAGCUCGACGACAUAGAAACUGCCAGCAAAAUUGAUCUGGACCUGUUUUGUACUCAGAAUAGAGAUUUGCCCGUCGAUGUAGACAGAUGCCUACAUGACCUGAUCACAAUGACUGCAAAGAAAACACCAGAUACGUUAGCAAUCGAUGCUUGGGAUGGAGUAUUUUCCUACCAGGAAGUUGAUGAGCUCUCUUCGCUCCUGUGCCAAAGAAUGAUCAGCCUGGGAGUAAGUAAGGAUUCGGUUAUUGCGCUGUGCUUUGAAAAAUCGAAAUGGACGCCCAUAGCCCAAGUUGCAGUGCUGAAGGCAGGCGCAGUUGCUUUACUGCAGUCAGUACACGUUCCAGAUCAUAGAAUUGGUACGGUUUUCAAGAAAGCCAGUGUGCAUCUCGCAGUGGCGUCGGCAUCGAGGGUGGAAACUGUAUCGCAAUAUGUACCUUGUUUCACAAUCGAUCAGCUCCUAGAGUACCCGACGACAUCUUCACCACAGAACAAUCAAAAGUUACCAACAAUCCAAAUGAAUGACCCGGCUGCGAUACUCGUGUCAUCUGGAAGUACAGGAGAGCCAAAACAGAUCCUGUGGAGCCAUAGAACACUGUCAGCAAAUAUUAGGGGCCAUCAAGAACAUAUCCCAAUGAAUGCAUCAGCCAGGAUCUUUCAAUUCGCGUCCUAUGACUUUGAUCUAGCAACCCUGGAGACUAUGUCCGCUCUCUCUAUGGGAGCUUGUUUGUGUAUCCCCUCCGAGACCGAGAAGAUGGAUAAUCUGACGGCUGCCAUCAACCGUCUUAAACCUACUCACCUACAUAUGACACCCUCAACGGCCGAUCUUCUCCAACCAGAAUCUAUACCGAGUGUAUCUACUGUUAUUUUAGCAGGUGAGAAAUUGGUAUCAUCAAGUGUUGAUCGUUGGAAAGCGUAUAGUCGUGUCUUCGGAUGGUACGGACCAGCAGAAUGCGCUUCUGCAGCUUUCAUUGCAGCAGAUACUGAAACAUGGUAUAGCGGUGUCAUCUCAUGUAUUGAGUCCAAGCAACAUUCUCUUUGCUGGCUUGUAGAUCCCAGGAACCCUGAGAGACUUGCACCUUAUGGUGCGAUAGGUGAAAUCGCACUCGAGGGUCCAACUUCUUCUGAUGGUUACAUCGGCAACCCGACAUUGACACAGAACAGGUUCCGCCGAAAUCCCAAGUUCCUGGGAGGGUCUUCAAUCGUGAGAGAGCAUACUCUCGUAUAUUACACUGGUGAUUUGGCCAGAUACGGUAGCGAUGGUAAUCUGGUUAUACUGGGAAGAAAGGAUGCACAGCUGAAAAUCCGCGGUCAAUUGGUUGUACCGGAGGAAGUCGAACAUCAUAUUAAAAGCUGUCUUCCCAAUGGCAAUGACAUGCAAGUUAUAGUUGAUAUUAUAAAAGUCAAUAAGGAUAAAAGGCCCAUCCUGGUGGCUUUUAUUCAGCACAGCAUUGAACACGAGGUACGGCAAAUGACUGACGGAUUACAGAAACAACUUGCCAAAGUAUUACCACGUUAUGCAAUUCCCUCUUACUAUUUACCAAUCCCACGAUUUCCAAAAACUGCUACAGACAAAGUAGAUCGGGCCAGACUGAGAGAGAAUGGAGAAUCCUUCGAUCUGGUGCAACAGUUAGAAAGCAUGGGUCUCAAGCGACGAGAGCCUGCGACUACUGCCGAAAAAACACUCCAGAAACUAUGGGCUACAGCUAUUGGAAUAUCACCUGACGAUAUUUCUGUUACUGACAGUUUUCUCCAAGUUGGGGAUUCAAUUCGGGCUAUGCGGUUGGUGGGAUUGAUACGGCAACAGGGUAUGCUACUAACAGUGGCCGAUGUAUUCGAAUAUCCGAUACUUGAAGACAUGGCAAUGAUUCUUAGAGACUGCAAUGAAGAAGACGCAACCUCCCAGAAAGAAAUUGCUUCAUAUUCUCUACUUGGAGAGCAAGAUAUCGACGGCGCUCGCAAACAAGCGGCGUCGAUUUGUAGCGUCAAUAUAGAUGAUAUUGAGGAUGUAUUUCCUUGUACCCGGAUGCAAGAAGGCCUUUUAUCUCUCACUGUUGCAAAGAAAGGGAAUUAUACUGGCCGAAAUAUAUUCCAACUUGCCUCAUCCGUUGAUAUUGAGCGCUUCAAAAGGGCCUGGGAGAAGGUUGUCGUUACAAUUCCCAUUCUGCGGACGAGAAUCAUUGAUCUUCCUGGCCGAGGACUGCUUCAAGUGGUUAUUAAACCCGGAGACUGCUGGACAGAGAUGAAAGACAUUGAAGACUUUGUAGAGCAGGAAACGAGGAAUGAGAUGGGCUUAGGAUGCCCUUUGAUGCGGUGUGGAUUAUUUUCGACAUCUUCCACCCAGGACACAUAUACCGGACUUCUACCAAUAUAUUUUGCGUUAACAAUGCAUCAUUCCAUAUAUGACGGAAUCACCACUAACUUAAUCUUCGGCACGUUCGAGAACUUUUACCAUGAUAUCGAGCAGCCUAUACUACCUUUACCCUUUCAGCCGUUCCUCCGGUAUGUUGGAAAUCGAGACACGGAUGCAGAGUCCCAUUUCUGGAAGACACAAUUUGCGGCAUUAGAAGCACCCCAGUUUCCACCGUUGCCUUCUUCAGCCUACCAGCCUGAAACAGAUUCUGUUGUUAUACAUUGUAUACCGGAUAUCUCCUGGAGACAGGACAAUUUCACACCGACGACAGUGAUUUACGCUGCAUUUGCAUUUUUGUGUUCAUAUCACUCAAAUUCUUCUGAUGUAGUGUUUGGAACAGUUGUUUCGGGACGAAAAUUGCCUGUUGCAGGCAUAGAGAGACUUGCUGGCCCAACGAUUGCUACAGUACCUGUCAGGGUUAGGAUCGAUGGAGAUGACAGUGCCUGGGGGCUUCUGAAUACAGUGCAAAAACAAACUACGGAAAUGAUUCCAUAUGAGCAAACAGGGUUGUCAGUCAUUCGACAGAUAAGCGACGAAGCGGAACAAGCGUGUCAGUUCCAGACUUUCGUUGUGAUUCAGCCAGAAGAAACCGAUUUGCAAGGACGAACUGGAUUGUUUUCUUCACAGGUUCCUCAUGUUUGGUCCAAAGGGAAAAGUUAUGGUAAAUACGGCGAUCAUGGCUUUAACCCCUGUGCUUUGACCAUUGCAUGCACUAUGCGAGGCGCAAGUCUCGACAUUGAAUUUUCCUUCGAUUCCAAUGUGUUAGAUGAACGCACUGUUCAGCGCAUGUCGUUUCAUUUCGAACAUAUAUUAAGAAACCUAUGCGAUCAAAUUAACGAUAAAGUGCAACUGCGAGGUAUCAACAUGACUAUGAACCAAGACCUGGAUCAGAUUUGGGAGUGGAAUUCUGAAGUACCUGAAGUAGUUGAAACGCCUCUACAUGAACUGGUUUCUAUAGUUUCAGCGAAACAGCCAGAUGCCACGGCGAUUUCUGCUUGGAAUGGCGAGCUUACGUAUCAAAAUUUUGAACGGCUUACGACAAACAUUGCUCAUCACUUGAAAUCCAUGGGAGUCAAGCGGAACAUGAUCAUUCCACUCCUCUUUGAAAAGUCUAUAUUCGCACCGGUGGCUUUCUUUGCCAUAAUAAAGGCUGGAGGGGCUGGAUUGUUACUUGACCCGACCUUACCAGAGUCUCGACUUUUAUCGACCAUACAACAAGUUGAACCAGUAUUGAUCAUAUCUUCAGUAUCAAAUGGGGCACUGGCUGCGAAAUUAUGCGGAUCCAGUGCCUCAGCCUUCAGCCUGAACUGGGAAGUUGCACACACAUUCAUGGAAAACGAUUUUGAUAUUACGUUUGCGAAAGAGCCACUUCCAAAAGUUGAUCCAUCAGAUCUUUUAUAUGCCAUCUUUACUAGUGGAAGUACCGGAACCCCUAAAGGCUGUCUAAUGCAGCAUCGGAACUUCAGUAGUGCAGUGGUAUUGCAGCAACAGGUCUUAGGGCUAAAGGUCACGUCGCGCAUGUAUGACUUCUCGUCGUAUUCGUUCGACGCAGCUCACUGGGGCAUGUUCCAUGUGCUUGCUGCUGGAGGCACGCUGUGCAUACCCAGUGAAGACGAAAGGAAAAACAAACUAUCGGAGAGUAUGCGACAGUUUAAGACCACGGAUGUGUUUCUCACUCCCUCUGUGGCGCGUUUUAUUGAUCCUACUAGAGUUCCAACACUACGAAACAUUCAUUUAGGUGGUGAAGAGGCCACCAGAGAUGAUUUUGCUCGCUGGGUGCCGCAUGCCAAUACAUUCAACUCGUACGGGCCAGCCGAGUGCUCUGCUGGUACCCUCUACGGCAAGAUACCCAGUGUGGAUCUCUCAAAGAUUUCUAUCGGAACGGGGUCAGGUGUCUGUACAUGGAUAGUAGAUCCCAAAUCCAAAGAAAGACUAUCGCCAAUAGGCACAGUGGGAGAACUGUACUUGGAAGGACCGCUUGUUGGACAAGGAUAUCUUGGCGAUGAGGUCAAGAACGCAGACUCCUUCAUUGAAGAUCCGCCUUGGCUUCUUGCCGGAUCCCCAGAUGGUUGUAUACCAGGGAGACAGGGCCGACUAUAUAAAACCGGAGAUCUUGUCAAAUAUGAUCUGGUUACUGGACAGCUAUUUUUCAUUGGCAGAAAGGAUACUCAAGUCAAACUUCGAGGGCAAAGAAUUGAAUUGUCCGAAAUUGAAUACCACGUUCGACAGUGUGUGAAGGCAUUAGAGAUGAUACCACUUACCGUUGAGAUAAUUAAACCGAACGCGACCAACAAACAAACACUUGUAUUGUUCUUGCAAUUCUCAGAAAGUGAGUCAUGCGGUAUCACCAAACUAUUACACAGUAUGGAGCCUGAACUACGCCAGCGAAUACCGUCGUAUAUGAUCCCAGAUGCCUACAUAGUCCUGGACUUGAUUCCUCUUACAGGUACUGGGAAAACAGACCGAAGACGUUUGCGUGAGAUAGGUGCUGAUGCAAAACUGCAUCAUUUUGGUCAACAAAAUACAGAAAACAGCGAACCACCAAGUUCUGCAGCGGAAAUUCGUCUUCAACAACUCUGGACCAACAUCUUGAAUGUUCUGCCAGAGAAUAUCCAUAAGAACAGCAAUUUUUUCCAUCUAGGAGGAGACUCAAUUUCCGCUAUGAGGCUGGCUGCGUUGGCUCGUAACCAGGGCUUGCUGUCCUUGACCGUGCAAAACAUUCUCAGCGCACCGCGUCUGUCUGAUUUGGCAAAUUUCAUGACUACCAGCGCAGGAGUUGACAAGACCGAGAAUAUAAGUCCUUUUUCUCUUUUGGCAGAGUCCAGUGACAAGGAUCAGAUUCUUGACAGUGUUGCCCGACAAUGCGAUGUUGAUGCCUCACAGAUUGAGGACAUUUUCCCUUGCACCAGUGUUCAGAAAUCGCUGCUUUCAAUGACUGCAAAAGAUUCCAAUUCUUAUAUAGCCCAAUUGAUAAUUCGGCUUAAAGAGGAUGUAGACCUUGCUCGACUGCAACAGGCCUGGAAGCACGUCAGUCAGACGAGUGCACCAAUACUUCGUGUGAAAAUAGUUGACGUUCCUGGGACAGGGCUUGUGCAAGUCCAAAUCAACGAGUCCGUGCAAUGGGAAUCAUCCUACGAAGAUGUAAUGUCAUACAUUAACCAUGAACAAACAAGAUCCAUGGGCCUAUCAACCUCUCUCACUCGAAUAGCCGUCGUGCGUGACUCGAGAGAUUCAGGGCGACAUUGUCUUCUUCUCACCCAACAUCACGCCAUAUAUGACGGUUACUCCAUGGAUUUAUUACUUCAAGAAGUGUCCAAAGCAUACAUUGGAGUCUCAAGUCCUUCUUAUAGGGCACCUUUCCAAUCUUUCCUAAAAUAUGUGAUGAGCACUGAAACUGAGGAAGCAACAAAAUUCUGGGAGCAGCAGUUUUUUGGGUCUGAGGCAAUUCCGUUUCCAGCAUUGCCGCACCAAGAUUACCAACCCAAGGCUGAUAAUACUGUGCGUCGAGAACUUGAAAAUAUCGUAUGGCCAGGAAAUGGUGCUACUGUGUCUACAGUUCUGAGAGCAGCGUGGUCAAUCAUUGUAUCCCAACACACUGAUUCGAAAGACGUUGUCUUCGGUGCAAUUGUGUCCGGUCGACAGGCCCCAGUAUCUGGUAUUGACCGCAUGAUUGCACCCCUGAUCAACGCAGUUCCAGUACGUGUCAAAGCUGAGUCAACACGAACCGUUGAUGAGCUUUUAGGGAGUAUUCAGGAGCAGGCCGUUUCCAUGAUUCCAUUUGAGCAUACCGAGUUACUAACGAUCAGGCGUAUCAACGUGGAUACCGAUCGUGGCACUCGAUUUAAUACCCUGCUGGUUGUGCAGCCUCUGAAUCAAGGCAAAGUGUUGCUUGAUGACGAUGGCCCCUUUCCAUCUAAUUCUGUUGUGGUAUCUGCCCGCAGCGAGCUUGAUGACUUCAAUCCAAAUGCAGUCAUGAUUAUGUGCCAGCAAAACAAUAGAAACGGACUUUAUUUGGAAAUAAGCUUUGACUCUAAUGUCAUUAAGAUGGUGCAGAUGGAACGUAUAUCGGCGCAAUUCGAGCAUGUUCUACGCCGGAUUUGCGCAUCUUGUGGCAACGGUGUGAAAAUUGACGAAAUCGACGCUAUCAGUACACAGGAUGUUAGUGAGAUUUGGAAGUGGAACGAGUCCGUUCCUGAGACUAUUGAAAUGUGCGUUCAUGACCUUAUCUACGAGACAAUUGAGACGCACCCAGAAGCGCCCGCCAUAUGUUCAUGGGAUGGCCGGUUUUCUUACAGAGAAUUGGAUCAUCUUUCAGGCCUACUCGCUCUGCAGCUCAUAGCCCUUGGUGCAAAGCGAGGUAGCAUCGUGCCUCUCUGUUUCGAGAAAUCAUCAUGGCAUCCAGUUGCAGCUUUGGCUAUCAUGAAGGCUGGAGCCGUCUGUUUAUCCAUGGACAUGACCCAGCCAGAAUCCCGUCUGAGGUCCAUUGUCGGGCAGGUCAAACCGACAAUUAUAAUUUCAUCCAAGGCAAAUAGAGCUUUGGCAGCUCAAAUUUCCGAUUCCCAGGUUGUGAUUGGCGAUCGAGAGCAUAUUUUCAAUUGCUCAGUGGAUCUGAAGCAAACUUUACCCAAAGUCUAUCCGUCCGACAAUUUAUACAUCGUCUUUACCAGUGGAUCAACUGGCACCCCCAAAGGCGUGGUGACAACACAUCAAAACUUCUCUUCCGCAGCAACACACCAGAAAGACAUUCUGAAUAUCAGAAAUGGAACCCGCGUAUACGAUUUUGUUUCUUAUAACUUUGACGUCUCAUGGUCAAAUACUUUACAAACUUUGAUAUGCGGCGGCUGUUUGUGUAUUCCCUCUGAAUGGGAGCGCAAAAAUGAUAUUACUGGGUCACUAAAUCGAAUGAACUGUGACUACGUCUAUUUUACACCAUCUGUGGCUCGGUCACUGCAACCAUCUUCAAUGCCUGGGAUCAGGACUCUUACAAUGGGUGGUGAGCCCAUUCGCACCACAGAUGCCGAACGUUGGACACAGGCUGAAACUAUCAUCGGCAUUUACGGUCCAGCAGAGUGUGCUCAAGCUCUAUCAUUCGUCCAUCUCGGAAAAUCCACUCCCAAUAACCGCGUUGGACACUCAUUCGGCGCAAAUACUUGGCUUGUGCAGCCUGGCCGACCCGAUUGUCUAGCUGCUAUUGGAACUGUUGGAGAACUCCUCAUUGAGGGGCCAACUGUCAGUAAAGGAUAUUUUGGCAAUGAAGACAGGACAAAUGCAGCAUAUAUUAAAGACCCCGAGUGGCUUGUACGUGGUAUACCGGGUGUACUACAGGGCCGACGAGGCACGCUUUACAAGACAGGUGAUCUUUUAUCGUACAGUUCAGAUGGAUCGCUGAAUUUCAUAGGCCGUAAGGACACCAUGAUCAAGUUGAGGGGACAACGUAUCGAGCUUGAAGAAGUUGAACAUCAUGUUCGUGCCAGUUUAAACGAUGCAAGUCUUUUUGGUGGAAUCGCCGCGGAAAUAAUUACACCACAAAACGCCACUAAUGCUCUGCUGGCGCUCUUUUUCAGUCUGCGAAGAAAAGAGUCUGUGCAUUCAAGCGAGGAGGAUAUCGAUACACUCCUCACUCGUGGACUGGAAGGACUUGAAAACGCUCUUUCGCUAUGCCUACCACAGUAUAUGAUUCCUGGUGCAUAUAUUCACAUUGACAAAAUACCGAUGACUACGACGAACAAGAUUGACAGACGAGCUUUGCGUCAGCAUGGAAAUGCGCAAACACUGGAAGAUCUUGCCAAAUUACAGUCUCAUGGUAAAUCAAAGAAAAUGCCAAAGACUGACAUGGAACUGCGACUCCAAAGUCUUUGGGCUACUGUGCUUGGAAUCGAUCCCGGAAGCAUUGGUGCGGAUAGUAGCUUUUUGAGAAUUGGUGGCGAAUCCAUAGCUGCUAUGAGGCUCGUAGCAGCAGCCCGCGAUGCAAAUUUAUCCUUAACGGUUGCCGAAAUAUUUAAAGCUCCUCGUCUUUCUCAAUUGGCUCUCAUUGUCAAAGAAAAUGCCUCUACUAGUGAGGGUCUGGGCACACACCCGCCAUUCUCCCUACUUGAGACAGACGAACCUCAGCAUUUCAUCCAGCAGUAUGUACUGCACCAGCUUGACAGCAAUAUGGGGGGCAUCCGUGAUAUCCUUCCUACCACAGACUUUCAACAGCUUGCGAUUUCGGAUGCUCUGCAAAGUCCACCCAGCAGACUGCCACACUUGAUCUUGGAACUCCCCGAAGACGUCGACUUUGCAAGACUUCAGGAUGCUUGUGAGAGUCUAAUUAUGAACUACGAAAUCCUUCAUACAAGUUUUAUACAAGUCAAUGGGAAGGUUUGGCAGGCCCUUUUACCCAACUUUAGGCCUGCAUUCGACAUAUUCGAUGCCGACAAUAAAGAUAUAACAGAUUUCGUCAACGAUAUAUGUGCAAAGGAUAUUAAUAGACCUCGGAAGUUUGGUCAGUCUUUUAUUCGCUUCAUGGCAGUGAAACACAGGUCAGGGACUCACAAGCUUGUGUUUCGCAUCUCGCACGCUCAGUUUGAUGGAUUCAGCUUGGGUAGUAUUCUCCAAACAUUAUCCUCCAUCUACAACAAGGACCACUUAGCUCAGCCGAUAUCUUUCAGCAACUUCAUUGCUUUCAUAACUCUGAAAAAACCAGACAGUUUAAGAUACUGGGCUUCACGGCUAGAAGGAUCCUGUUUUCCAGGGUGGCCAUCAAACAGACUCCAAGGCUCGUCUUACGACACUACAGAUCGACUUACAAUGAAACGAACAAUUCUAAUGCCAGAUAUCAAUCGCCAAGAAGGUGUUUCUGCGGCUACAAUUUUCCACGCCGCCUGUGCAAUAACCUUCUCCCAGCAGUACAGGCAAGAGGAAGUGCUAUUCGGCCGUCUCGUCACUGGUCGUUCCAUGCUACCCAGUACUCUACAGAAUGUCGUGGGGCCGUGCAUGACUGAGGUUCCGAUUCGUAUUACUAUAGUUCCAGAAGACACAAUUAUCACGGUAGCCUUGCGACUACAAAAUCAAUUUAUAGAAGACUCGUUUCAUGAGGCUGUCGGAAUGGCUGAGAUUGUUGCAACCUGCACCGACUGGUCCGAAGAGGCAAAGGACUUUGGCUGGAGGACUGCAUUCCAGCAGGAAGAGGAUACAGACUUCGAAUUCCUGAGAAUGCCGAGCAGUAUUUCGUACUACGAGGGCGAUCUGCCUGCACGAACGCGCCCUGAAAUUUACGCGACACCCCGAGACGGGCGGCUUGAGCUAGAAUUUGAGGGCAACAGGAACUUGACUAGCGAGCAGGCAGUCCAGGAGUUCUUUGCAGGCCUUGAAAUGGUUCUGGGGGAGUACUAG